CCAAGCUGUGGCCGGCGACGCUCUCACAGACGCGACCAGAGUACGCUACAGCAGCCAGCGAUCGGUGCUGCAACAGCACGCCAUCGCUGCGACCCGCAGCUACCAAGCCGCAAGAGCAGCAUCGCUAGGCAGCACCGCAACACACUGCAGCCAUGAGUGAGCUCGCCACGACCGCCCCGCCGCCGCCGUUACGCUUGAUAAGGCGGUCCCGCACGCACGGCAUCGAAGUAUUAAGUGCGCCCGACGGCCGCAAGGACGAAAACCAAGCGUUAGAUAUCGUGCAGCACCUCGGGAGAGGCGUCGUCGAAACCGCGAAGGACGGCUCGCGCCUCUGCCUCGGUGGGGGUUCUACACCUUUAGAGGUGGUAGAUACGGGCGACUGGCGCCGCCGCUCGUUGCCGGACGAUUCUAGUGGAUGCGAACGGUUUUCAUUCAGCCCGCGGGGCUCGUACCUAAUCACGUGGCAGCGGCCCUCCCCCGACCAGUUCCCCGACGGGAGCCUGCGGUGCUGGUCUCUCACGGAUCUGAGUCUAGCGAAAGCCUUCCACUGCAAGUUACUCAAUAGGGGCGGCAUCGACGCGACGCUCGCGUGGUCGGGCGACGAGAAGGUAGCCUUCCACUCGACGACGAACACCAUAUCUAUCUAUGACGGCAGCCUCCGGGAAAAGCUCGCCACGAUCAAAUGCGACUCGUUGAAGGCUUUCUCGGCCUCGCCAGGCAUGAUACCUUAUGGGGUCGCCGCGUUCGUGCCAGAGAUCAAGGGAAGACCGGCUCAAGUGAAAGUCUACCAGUUCCCCUUUCCCGACGAUAGUGAUGGUCAGACCUGCGCCAAGUCCUUUUAUAGAGCUCAAGAUUGCAAGCUGACCUGGUCGCCGCACGGCCAUGGGGUAUUGGUGCAGACGCAUACGGACGUCGACGCCACGGGUGGGAGUUACUACGGCGGUACGGGACUGUACUUGAUGCAGUCCACACCCAAAAAAAAAGGAGAGCAAGCGUUUGAAUGCUUGGUGCCGUUACCGAAAGAGGGGCCGGUCGCCGCGGCUGAAUGGGAACCUACGAAGGGCAAAGAAUUCGUCGUCAUCGCCGGUUCCAUACCACCGGCGGCGGCCCUCUAUAACCUGGAGGCGGAGCAGAUUUAUGCGUUUGGCAACGCCCAUCGGAAUGUGAUCUGCUGGGCGCCGCACGGUAGAUUCCUAGCAUUGUGCGGCUUUGGCAACUUGGCGGGCGACGUCGACUUCUGGGACCGCAACAAAAAAAAGAAAAUUGGAAGUGUCAACAUGCCCUGCGCCGUGGAAUACGGGUGGAGUCCGGAUUCGCGACUCUUUGUCACCGCGACGACCGCGCCUCGGAUGAACGUGGACAACGGUAUCCACGUGUAUCGAUACGACGGUUCGGGGCCUCUCAGUACCACAAAGGACCGGGACCCGUUAUUCGACUGCUUCUGGCUGCCCGGGGUGACUGACGAUUAUCCGGACCGCGGUGUGAGCCCAGCUUCGAAGGCGCGCAUGCGCGCCGCGCCGAAGCCUGAGCCGGCCAAGGGCGCGUAUCGGCCGCCCGGCGCGCGCGGCCUGAAGGGCGGCGGGUCGCUGGCGUCGAUGAUCCGCGCUGAAAGGGAAAAAGAUAAAGGCAGCUCGGGAACCAUACGGCAGAAGAAGCCCGUGGGUCCGAAGCUCCCGGUCGGCGCCGCGCCCGAGGCCGGGCCCUCGCGCAACGCGCGGCGCAAGGAGGCCGCGAAGAAGCGCAAGGAGGCCGAGGCCGCCGCGAAGGCGCUGGAGGCGUCGAUCGCGGCGAAGGCGCCGCCGCCGCCCCCGGCCAAAGACGUCGCGACCAUGGCGCCCGACGAGCUCCUCAAGGAGCAGAAAAAACUCAAGAAGAAGCUGAAGCAGGUCGAGGAGCUCGAGACGAAGGUAGCAGGGGGCCUGGCGCCGUCGGCGGAGCAGCGCGAGAAGCUCGCGCGCAAGGCCGCGUUGGCGGACGAGCUCGCCCAAGUCGAGGCGAGGCUAUAAAUUAUACAACAUA